CAGAGCAUCAUUAUUUCCAGCGCAUGCAUGUAGCGUUAAAAGCACCACCGUGUGAUGCGCGCGUGAAAUACUUUGAAAUAAAGACAGAUUUGAACAGAAGCCACUGCCCCUCACGGCCCCCCCCCGCCCUCAGGUUUAGCUCCGUGUUGUUCUCCAUGUGUGGAUGUUCGUCGCGUGCAGUAGCUGGAACGGAGCACGCGCCGUUUUCUUUCACUCUCCGCAGCGUUUAAGGAGUAUUUAGGCUAUUUUUGUCCUUAAACCAGACGAGGCUGAAGUUCGUGUAAUAUUCGCCAGCUUCUUGUUCGAAUGUCCCCGGUCCACCUUAAAUGGUGCAGCAGUUACAUUCUGGCGCUUGAGACAUGACCUACUGAAACUGCUAAGAAAAGAAAGUCUUUGAAAAGCUUGAGGGAAGAGCUCUGUCUCAUCCCCUCACCAGAAGAAAGCUUUGGAAUCAUGAAGCUCUCAAGGCUGUUGACGUUUUGCUUUUUGUUUCUCUGGGGGACCAUCGUGGCAUUCCCGGCAACCCCCACCGGGCCACCUAUGGAGACAGGCUUCACCUUCCGGGUGAAGGACACAAGCCUCACGCACCUAACUGUUCACCGCAGUACGGGUGAGGUAUUUGUUGGUGCCGUCAACCGAGUCUACAAGCUGUCGGCCAACCUGACAGAGCUACGCUCACACCAGACAGGACCUAUGGAAGACAAUGCUAAGUGUUACCCGCCGCCCAACGUCCGCGCCUGCGUCCACAAGCUGGAGCCUUCCGACAACGUCAACAAGCUUCUGCUCAUCGACUACGCUGGUAACCGGCUGGUGGCCUGUGGCAGCAUCUGGCAGGGAGUGUGCCAGUUCCUCCGAUUGGAUGAUCUCUUCAAGCUGGGGGAACCUCACUCACGCAAGGAGCACUACCUUUCUGGAGCACGUGAGGCAGAUGGAAUGGCAGGAGUUGUUGUGGGCGAUGAUGAUAGGGGUGAUCCAAAGAAGAAAAAGAAGGGCGACAGCAGGCUCUUUAUUGGCGCUGCCAUUGACGGCAAGUCGGAAUACUUCCCCACCCUGUCCAGUCGCAAACUGGUGGAGGACGAGGACAGCCUGAGCAUGUUCAGCCUGGUCUACCAGGAUGAGUUUGUCUCCUCUCAGAUCAAGAUUCCCUCUGACACUCUAUCCUUGUACCCGGCCUUUGACAUCUACUAUGUCUACGGCUUCUCCAGCCGCACCUACAUCUACUUCCUUACGCUGCAGCUGGACACUCAGCUCACCCAGAUGGAUGCCUCCGGUGAGAAGUUCUUCACCUCCAAGAUUGUCCGGAUGUGCUCCAAUGACACAGAGUUCUACUCCUAUGUAGAGUUCCCGCUCGGUUGCAACAAGGAUGGCGCAGAGUACCGCCUAGUCCAGGCUGCCUACAAGCACCGGCCGGGCAAGGCGCUGGCCCAAGCGCUGGGUCUUUCAGAAGAUGAGGACGUGCUUUUUGUGGUGUUCUCCCAGGGACAGAAGAACCGGUCAAAUCCACCCAGGGAGACAGUGCUGUGUCUCUUUACCCUCCACCAAAUCAACUUGGCCAUGCGUGAGAGGAUCAAGUCCUGCUACCGUGGCGAAGGGAAGCUGUCUCUACCAUGGCUGCUCAAUAAGGAACUUCCCUGCAUCAACACGCCAAAGCAGAUCGGCGACGAUUUCUGCGGCCUGGUGCUGAACCAGCCGUUGGGAGGGCUUCGGGUCAUCGAGGGGAUGCCGCUGUACGACGAGCGCACAGAUGGCAUGGCUGCCGUGGCUGCCUACACAUACGGAGAUCACUCGGUGGUGUUCGUAGGGACCCGCACGGGCCACCUUAAAAAGAUCCGAGUGGACGGCAUUCCUCCGCCUUCCCAGAGUGCCCUGCUGUACGAGACGGUCACAGUUGCAGAGGGGAACCCGAUUCUGCGCGACAUGGUGUUCAGUCCCGAUUAUCAGUACAUCUACCUGCUGAGCGAUAAACAGGUGAGCCGUAUCCCUGUGGAGAGCUGUUCUCAGUACAGGAGCUGUAAGAGCUGUCUGGGCUCAGGGGACCCUCACUGUGGCUGGUGUGUCCUUCACAACAAGUGUUCCAGGAAGGAAGCUUGUCAGAAAUGGGAGGUGCCUCAACACUUCAACACAGAGCUCAAACAGUGUGUAGACAUCACCGUCACCCCCCAGAACAUGUCUGUGACCGCUGCCUCCACUCAGUUGAGCGUUAAGGUGACGAAUGUACCGAACCUGUCGGUGGGCGUGACGUGUGUUUUUGAGGAUUUGAGCGAAAGCCCAGGAGAGGUGCUGCCUAAAGGCCAGGUGUUCUGUAUGUCACCGUCUCUGCGGGACGUCCCAACACUGACGCAUGGAUACGGUGAUAAGCGAGUGGUCAAGCUCUCGCUCAAGUCCAGGGAGACGGGGCUCAAGUUCAUCACCACUGAUUUCGUCUUCUACAACUGCAGCGUCCUGCAAUCGUGUUCAUCGUGUGUGAGCAGCCCUUUUCCCUGUAACUGGUGCAAAUAUCGGCACAUCUGCACCAACAAUGUGGCCGAGUGCUCCUUCCAGGAGGGUCGAGUGAGCAGUGUGGAGGGCUGCCCCCAGAUUCUGCACAGCAGCGACAUCCUGGUUCCAGCGGGAAUCGUUCGGCCAAUCACGCUGCGAGCUCGGAACCUGCCCCAGCCACAGUCGGGUCAAAAGAACUACGAAUGUGUGUUCAACAUCCAGGGAAAAGUCCAGCGCAUCCCGGCUGUCCGCUUCAACAGCUCCUGCAUCCAGUGCCAGAACACUUCGUACUGGUACGAGGGGAAUGAGAUGGGGGAUCUGCCUGUGGAUUUCUCUAUUGUCUGGGACGGAGAUUUUCCCAUCGAUAAACCUCCUACUAUGAGAGCUCUCCUGUAUAAGUGUGAAGCUCAGAGGGACAGUUGUGGCCUGUGUCUGAAGGCUGACAGCAUGUUUGAGUGUGGCUGGUGUCUGGCUGAUAAGAAGUGUCUCCUGAAGCAGCACUGUCCUUCGCCCGAACACAACUGGAUGCACCAGGGCCGCCGCAGCGUACGCUGCAGCCAUCCCCGCAUUGCCAAGAUCCACCCCCUGACGGGUCCUAAAGAGGGGGGUACACGGGUGACGAUUGAGGGGGAGAAUUUGGGGCUGCAGGUGAAAGAGAUCACUCACGUGCGAGUGGCCGGAGUGCGCUGUAAUCCAGUCGCUCAGGAAUACAUCAGCGCUGAGAGGAUCGUGUGUGACAUGGAGGAGUCUCUGAUGGCCAGUCCUCCAGGUGGUCCUGUGGAGCUGUGUAUCAGCGACUGCAGUGCAGAAUAUCGUACUCAGUCCUCCCAGACUUACUCUUUUGUGACUCCCAAAUUUAAUCGGGUGCAGCCGGAAAAAGGGCCAGUGUCAGGGGGGACCAGGCUAACCAUCUCCGGCCAAAAUCUGGACGCCGGCAGCGCAGUCACUGUGUUCCUGGCCCAGGAGAAGUGCCUGUUUGUUCGGAGAGCAAUGCGAGAGAUUGUCUGUGUGACCCCAGCCUCCAUGUCUGGCUCCGGAGCCUCGUCCAUCAAGCUAUUCAUAGACAAAGCUGAGAUCAACAGUGACCUGCGCUACGUCUACACUGAGGACCCCACCAUCACCGGCAUUGAACCCAACUGGAGCAUCAUUAAUGGCAGCACCUCUCUGACAGUCACCGGAACCCACCUGCUCACCAUCCAGGAGCCCAAAGUCAGGGCCAAAUAUGGCGGAGUGGAGACCACCAAUAUUUGUACAGUAGUAAACGACUCUACAAUGACCUGUCUGGCUCCUCCAAUUGUCUACACAAAGCGCCAGGCUCCUGAGUCCGGCCUUCAUCCGGACGAGUUCGGGUUCAUCCUGGACCACGUGUCCUCUCUCCUCGUCCUCAAUGGCACUCCCUUCACCUAUUACCCCAAUCCUACCUUUGACCCACUGGGGAAUGCGGGGAUACUGGAGGUCAAACCUGGGUCUCCCAUCAUCCUGAAGGGAAAAAACCUGAUUCCUCCUGCUCCCGGAAACGCCCGCCUGAAUUACACAGUGACGAUUGGAGAAACGCCGUGUCUAUUAACCGUCUCAGAGUCGCAGCUGCUCUGUGAUUCACCUGACCUGACGGGAGAGCAGCGAGUCACAAUUAUGGUAGGUGGGUUGGAGUACUCCCCUGGCAUGCUCCAUAUCUACUCGGAUAGCACCCUGACCCUUCCGGCUAUCAUCGGAAUCGGAGCGGGCGGUGGAGUGCUCCUGAUUGCCAUCAUCGCUGUACUCAUCGCCUAUAAGAGGAAAACGAGGGACGCUGACCGCACACUCAAACGCCUGCAGCUCCAGAUGGACAACCUGGAGUCCAGGGUGGCACUGGAGUGCAAGGAAGGUACGGACACAAAACAAUACACCACUCUACUUUAGGGUUGCACAGGAUAUCAGCAGUCAGUAUGUUAUUUGCCCAAAAAAUGAGAAAAUUUCAUUUUUAUCAUUGGUCCAAUAUUGGAAUUACACCCAAUAAUUAACACACUUAUAAAGAAGCUUCUAGUAAAGGCAGUGGUUCUAUUUAGAACUGAUGGAGAUUUUGAAUAAAUAUUCCCGUAAUCAGUAAUCAAAUAGAUUAGAUGUUGUAAUCAAUAACCAAAUAGGAAGUAUUGCCUAACAGAGAAUAUUAAUUCUCUCACAAAGGGUUGGCCUUAGACUGUCUGCAUAGGAUAUUCUAGACACUGGAAAGCCCCUGGGUUCACAGAGAGGCCUGUGUGUACUUACUGACCCAGUGAAGAGAGGGGCAAGUUGACCUUGAAAGGUAAAGCAGGCUGGUAAAAACCUGUUGAAGCCAGUUUUUAGGAGUGAGCUCAACAAGCGAUGACCAAAUUGAUGGAUGAAGAGAUGCAUCUAUUAGAGAAUGAGCUAAUAUCAAAUUUGAGAUUUAAGGCGGGGGGAUAUCACAUUACCCCAGAUAAAUGGUAUAUACACUGUUGUUUGGAACACUGUAUUUGCGCAGUUGGGGUCUCUCGAGACCCCGUGCCACCUGGUGCUGAAAUAAAUAAGAAGUCUUUUUCUCCCUUCCACAAGAACUCAGCAGCU